AUGCCUAAAAGAAAGCAGGUGCAAAACACUGCAAAACAGCUAAUUGAGACUUUGAUGGACAACGACGACAAUGAACUGAAAAUAAAUGAAUCCGAGGAGGAGCCCAAGGAGUCUUCUGAGGAUCACUCCCACCACUCUCGUCAUAAAAACGCAAAGUCCAAGCACCAGCUUGAAAGAAAAUUGUACCAGACCAGAAGAGCCACUUUCGUUCUUGGCGCUCUUUUGGGUCUUGCAGCGGCCAUCUUUGCCAUGGCGUACAACUCAGACGAUUUCAAGAAUGAGCUUGAUAAGUUGGUCAAGUUCGACUCGGUCAAUGGGUUUCUUGACGACUGGAAGGACGUGCUUCCGACCAAGUUUGAGGGGUUUUUGGACGAGUGGAAGGAUUCGCUUCCUCUGGGACUCUUCCUGUUGCUUGAUCAAAAUAGAUCCGAUAACAGCGAGCUCCAUGGUUCCGCAGAGUCCUUCUCUGUUGGUAGACGGAUGAAGCGGCAACACAAUAUGACCGCCAAACACAAUGUGGUUUUGGUCCCCGGUGUCAUCUCCACAGGCAUUGAGUCUUGGGGUACGUCGGAUACCGGCGAUUGCCCUUCCAUCAACCAUUUUAGAAAACGACUUUGGGGCUCCUUCUAUAUGUUGCGUACCAUGGUCUUAGACAAGGCCUGCUGGCUCAAACACAUUCUGCUUGAUCCUGAAACAGGCCUCGAUCCGCCCGGUAUCAAGCUCCGAGCGGCCCAAGGUUUUGAGGCAGCAGACUUCUUUGUGGCGGGCUAUUGGAUUUGGAACAAAAUCUUGCAGAACUUAUCUGUGAUUGGAUAUAACCCCAACAACAUGUUGAGUGCAUCGUACGACUGGAGACUUGCCUACUUGGAUUUGGAAAAAAGAGACGGGUACUUUUCAAAGUUGAAGCAGCAGAUUGAGACCGUCAAAAAGUUGUCUGGCGAAAAGACCUACCUCGUUGGUCAUUCGAUGGGAUCGCAAGUGAUCCUCUAUUUCAUGAAAUGGGUCGAAGCCAGUGGUGAGCACUACGGAAACGGCGGCAAGAAGUGGUGUAACGACCACCUCGCCGGUGUGAUCGACAUCAGCGGUUCGCUUCUCGGAACUCCCAAGAGUAUUCCGGCAUUGAUCUCAGGCGAGAUGAAAGACACUGUUCAAUUGAAUCAAUUGGCUGUCUACGGUUUGGAAAAGUUCUUCUCGAGAAAAGAAAGAGUCGACAUGCUCCGCACCUUUGGCGGUGUGCCUUCCAUGUUGCCUAGAGGUGGUGAUACUAUUUGGGGCAAUCUUACGUACGCUCCUGAUGAUCCUCCAAACAUGCUUUCCAAGGAGAACGAGGACGUCGACAUUCCGCGUAAAAAGAAUGAGUCUUUGGGCGCCUUUGUCAGGUACAGAGCAAAAAACUUGGAGCCGAACACCGAUGGAAUGCUUCCACAGGAGAAUCUGAAUUUUACUGUCUCUUCAAGCAUUGACUACGUCUUAGAUAAUUCGCCCAAAUGGUUCUCUGACCGUGUCAAGGAGCAGUACUCGUUUGGCAUUGCUAAAACGUCCAAGGAACUCCUAAAGAACGACCAAGACCACCUGAAAUGGUCAAACCCUCUCGAGGUUGCAUUGCCUUAUGCCCCAGAUAUGAAGAUUUUCUGCUUCUACGGCGUGGGCAACCCAACAGAGAGAGCCUACACCUACACAGAUGGUGACAAGGAGAGCGGUUUGCCAUUGGUGAUCGAUCUUGAAAGUGAAGACCCUGUAUUCCUUGCUGAUGGUGAUGGAACUGUGUCUCUUUUGACGCACUACAUUUGCCACGAGUGGCAAAAGCCAAAGUCCAUCUACAACCCAGCCGGUAUUGAGACCAAAAUCGUAGAGAUCAAGCACGAGCCAGAUCGGUUCGAUAUCAGAGGUGGCGCCAAGACUGCCGAACAUGUUGAUAUUUUGGGUUCGGCAAAUUUGAACGAGCUUAUCUUGAGGGUGGUGUCUGGAAACGAAGACAGCAUCAACAACACUUAUGUGUCCGACUUGCGGAACAUUGUGCAAAGAAUGCAUAUUUAG